AGAAAUUGUGGCGCAAGCUUAGCUCGCCGGUGAACAGGCUGGCUUGUAUCGCCCCCCCCGCCCGCGCUCCGCUCCUGCGAGAAGCCCCGCAGUCUUUGCUCUCCGAUGGCGGUGCCAGCGUUCGAUGAGUCUUGGCGCCAAGACCCGAUAUUGGCAGGUGGCGUGGCGCCACCGGUCGGAGUCAAUUUUCAACGUUACGUGCCACCGACCUUCGGCGUCAUCGUGCACGAGCCAAUGUACUCUCGCAAGGUUGGCAUCGUGAGGGCCCGCACACCACCUCCCGAGAACUUGCACGGCCUGCAGCGCGUGGCGGGGGCGUCCGCGAGGCCGGUCGCUGCGCACGGCCCCGUCGGCGCAGAGCUGGACGGCCCGGAGUUUGUGGUGGGAUCGCCCGCGACGCGGGUUCCUUCGCGAGGCCCUGACAGUGCUCGUGCAACUUUGCCUGGGGCAGACCUGGACGGGUCCGAGACCUUAGGAGGCGCGAUCGGGGUGGCGUUGAAGGUCUUGCGCCGCAAUUUGGGAGGCAAGUCCUCGUCUUAGAAUUUCUCUGAGAUCAAGGAGGCCACGCCAGUUGCGCUGGCCUCGCCACCACGGGCCGGGCUCAGAUUCAGAGCUCGGUCAUAUGUCGAGGCGCUUGCACAGCAAUGCCAGUUCUGCAAGAGAGCCAGUAGUGCGUAGCUGAUGUUAUUAAUCGCUUCGCUCAUUCCGCCGGCCCGCAUUGUGCCAUCGCAGGCGUUUGCUUGCGCGUUCGUGGCCUCUUGGAGCCUCGUUGGGGCCGUUUGGGG